AUGGCAUUCAUGUGCCUGAUUUACUUGUCAUUGCUCUUCUCUCUUUUGCUUUGUUCAAUUGAAGGAAGAAACAUUCCAUUAACCGAGGAAGAAGACCUGGAGUUAGACAAAGAACUCCAAAGUCUCAACAAACCCCCUGUCAAAAUCAUCAAGCAGACCUUCAGUGGAGAUCUUUUUGACUGUAUCGAAAAGUACAAACAACCUGCAUUCGAUCAUCCUGCGUUGAAAAACCAUAAGCUACAGAUGCGACCAAGUUUUCAAACGAAGAAUAAUGUGACUAUGGAUGAAAAUUUUAAAUCACUUCUAGAUCCAGGCUUCAACGAUACUUGUCCUCCGGGAACUGUUCUCAUUAGGCGAACUCGAAAAGAAGAUCUAAUCAUAUCGAAAGAGCUAACCAAAUACUUUAGAAACUAUGGAUCCGGAUAUCGUGUUCGUGAUGAUUCUGUGGGCCAGAAUUAUUAUGCAAUAGUUCGGAGCAAGAACAGUAGUUUCUAUGGCUUUCGAUCAAAGAUCUCUACGUGGGCACUACCAAAUGUAGGGCCAGAUCAAGUCUCUGCCAGUCAAGUAUGGAUUAUGGGAGACAUCGAUGGUCCUGAUGGAAGCCUGAAUGCUAUUCAAUCAGGAUGGCACGUUCAUCCCCAAAUAUAUAACGAUACGUUCACUCAUUUUUUCAUUUAUUGGACAACUAACGGUUACCGGACGGGCUGCAUGAACUUAAAUUGCAAAGGGUUCGUGCAAGUUUCAGCAAACUAUGCACCUGGAUAUGCCUUCCCCAAAGUUUCUCUGUACCGUGGCAAACCAGAAUACUUAGACCUACUCAUAGCAAAGGAUCCUAAAAGUGGUAACUGGUGGUUGACUCUUCCGUGUGGGGGGCUAACUGGGAGUGUAGAUAUUGGAUAUUGGCCGAAGGAGCUUUUCCCGAAUUUAGAGAUUUCGUCAUAUAUAGACUUUGGAGGUCAAGUUUAUACGCCCAACAAUGAAGCGUCUCCUCCCAUGGGGAGUGGUAGUUUUCCCGAAGAAGGGUUUGGCAGAGCCAGCCAUUUUAUGCAAGCGCAGUUCAUUGGGACAGACCACCAAGCUUUCACUCCGAGUGAGGGCUCAGUGUAUACAGAGAAUGACUCGCUGGACAAUUACUAUAAAGUUUCUGGGGAUCCUCCAGAAAGUGGUGAUUUCAAUGUUUAUUAUGGCGGACAGGGUGGGUUGAUUGCUGCUACUGGGUAGUAUACUGAUUGUGUCUAUCACUGAUAUAAUUGUAAUUCAUCUCUUCAUCGAAUAAGAAAGGAAAG